AUGGUUUACUAUGCGCAACUAAGUGAGCAGCAGGAGCUUGAUCUGGUGGACAAGGUGGAGCUCCGGUUCGCGUUGGCCGAGGAGGACUCUUUUGAGCGGAAUUUGGACACAUUCCUGGCGCCGCUCGUGCUCAAGCUGGGGUCGCCGCACGGGGCAGUGCGGCAGGCGGUGCUGAAGACGCUAGGGUAUGUCACGGGGCGGCUGGGGACGUUCAAGACUAUGAAGCUGCCGGUGGAGAAGCUGCUGACGCAGGCGGAACAGCCGAAGCUGAACCCGGACGCCGACUCGACAUCGGUGCGGCUGUACAGCCUGAUGUUUGUUUCGAAGGGCGUGGAGCGCCUGGAUACCGAGGAGCGGUGGCAGCUGGUUCCGCGGGUGUUGCGGGGCUAUGGCACGACGCCGGCUGCGGCGCGGCCCCGGGUAUUUGUCCUGUUGUGGAAGUUGCUCUCGGACUGGCAGGCGCCUGAACCAGGGACACGGGCGGCAGAUGAAGCCCGGGCCGCGGUACAGGUGGACGCCUCCGUGCGCGAGUUGUGGAUGGAGCGCUUCACGCAGCUCUUCUUACUGCUGCCGGUGCGCCCGACGAAUGGCAAGAUACCACGCGGCUACAGUUGCCCUGGACUCGCAGCCGAGGACGUCGCGUUCUUCACCUACAAUGCAGGUGUAUCCUUCGAUGCUGACCAGUUGCACCGUGUGCGGGAAGCAAUAUAUCGGUUUGUUGUGGACCUUUUUGCUCCAGAGGAUGACAGGAUGUUGGCGCAAUUUUUGGUGGUUGCCUCCGUUGAUGCUACGGCCCUCUCGGAGCGUGCAGCAACCAAUUUACGUCGCAUAAGGGUGCCAUACGAGGACCGGUCAUUUGUGGCCUACCUGGUGGGUCUUUUCAUGGGCAGCAAAACAGGCGGAGCUCCACCUGCGAACCACAAGCUGCAGGAAGCGAUUUUAUCCGUGCUUAACAACAGCAUAUUAGCAACUACACUGGCAACAGAAGUGCCCGUUCUGUGCUCCAUUGGUUUGAACUCGGACUUUCACAAAUUACGGUCGCUGACACUAACUUUUAUUCAACAUAUCGCGAAAUACAACCAUAGUUCACUAAUUCAGGCGGAUGCACAUUCAUCGGGGGCAUAUUCAACUAACAUAGCGGCGCUGAUUCGCAACAAUCUGCAUAAUGAAGGCUGGCCUAAACUCCUUUUGAACAGGUCAACCCCAAACUUCAACCUAAGCAUCCAACAGCGAAGGUCGCAGUAUGAGACGUUGGGCGAGAUCUUGAAGAAGGAUUUUUCCCUUGUAAAAGACCUCUCUUAUAUCGAAUUUCUCAUAGACUCUUUGAAAGGUGAUCUUCCAGAUUUCAGGCCUAGUAUCCAGAGUGCUUUAAGUUCCAUGGCAGUUCACCUGCCCCAGCUUCCGUCUGCGUCGAAAGAGAAACUAAAAAAGAUUUUACUUCAAGUUAUGAUGGAGCAUCCGGAUCAAUGCGAUUCACCAUCUGAUCAGGAAGCGAGUAUGGCGUGUAAAUAUAUCGCGAUCAAGUAUUGCAAUGCGGCAUUCACAUUCAAUGACGCAGACGCUAGGUUGAUAAACAUUUUGGGCACAGCAAGAUGUAAUCGCUUUGACGUUAUAGAGGAAGCACACAAAGGUCUUCACCCAUAUUGGUUUCGAGUAUCGCAGAGCUACGCUAAAGGACUGGGGGAGAGGCGCACCAACGCGCCAGCUAGUGAUUUAAAGGAAAUCGUAUUUCUUCCCUUCGAACAAUUGCUCGACACUGUUUUAAAAGCUAUCAAAGGUGAUAACCUGCAGGCUAUUGAAGAAUGUUUGAAUACAGCUGUGCGGUUUUCAAUUCAGACCAUAGUCUCCAAUGCAACACAAGGAGCUAAUACAGUAAUCGUUCAAGACGCAGACUGGUCUUUAAGAAUAGAAAAGGCAAUCGAUAUGGAUAAAAUAGUGCUUAAACGGGUCGGGGAAGCGAUUAAAGGAGUUACCUCCUCCAAUUAUACCAAUUUCUUAGUCUUAUUAUCCAACGAGUUAAUUAAGAGAAAUUCUAAUGGUCAGAAAGUGUCGCUGUAUAAAUAUGAUGAUUCCAUUUUUGGUAAGGCUCUACUCUUUUUCCUGAGGAACUCGUCUCCAGACGUUAUCCGACAGCUGAACCCAAUAGCCGGUUCCCUCUUUUCACUGCUUGAUAACCAUCGUGUUACUAAUGAAAAUGAUUUGGAACUUACCGCAAAUCUGUAUGCGAUACUUGGUGCAUAUGACUAUUCUAACCUGUUUCAAGAAAAGAUCGCAGACCUUACUGCUUCUGCCUCAAAGCAAGAUAUGCAACUUUUGUUGGCCUGUAGCUACUUGCUACCUAGACUGGUAUUAGUUGACCCGCAAUCAGCCAGUGUUCUUGUCAUGGCAACUAGUCGGCUUUUAGGUUUACUUCUAGAGCAGUUACAACUGCCCUCAUACCGAAAACUGACCUACCGUUGUCUUUCUCAGGUUUUAAAGUUUGGUCUUUUGAAUAUAUUGCCAGAAGAAGAGCGUAGAACGCAUCUAGAUAGAGUCAUUUCGAACUUGAAGUUAAAGCUAACGAAUGAUGAAGAUGCAACCGCUUUAUGGGGAUACCUAUCUCUUUAUAUCAGCAGUGAGCAAGACUUUCAUACCAUGUUUCGCGCUAUCGAGGAUACACAUGUGUCAAAACAUACCGAAUUUCUCUUCACAGCAGGCGAGGCUCUCACGGUAAUCGUCGGCGGAUGGGCAAACGGAUGGAUUCAGCAACAAUUAGAUGUAGAUAUCUCCGUCAGAGAGCUGGAAACGGCAUUCCCUCCCAGGUAUCUAUCCAUCGGGCUUACUCGACUUCAGGAACUUUGUAAUUCCUCGAAGCCAGCUCAUCGUCGGGCUGGCUGUAUGUGGCUUUUGUCUGUUGUACAGUAUUUGGGUAGUUCAGAGGAAGUUUUAAGCCAAUGCAGAGAGAUUCAUAUGACCUUUAUGAAACUUCUAGGUGAUCGUGAUGAACUGGUACAAGACUCUGCGUCGAGAGGCCUUAGUAUCAUAUACGAGUUGGGUGGAUCUGACUUGCAAGAAACUAUGGUAAAAAGCCUAAUAAGAAGCUUUACUGACUCGGCUGCAACUAUGAACAUGACGUCUGGAACUAUGACAGAGGACACAGCUCUAUUUGAACCAGGUUUGUUGGAUACCGGCGAUGGUACAAUAUCCACAUACAAAGAUAUCUUAAACUUGGCAAAUGAAGUUGGAGAUCCAGCUUUAGUUUAUAAGUUUAUGGAUCUCGCCAAGAGUUCUACUUUAUGGUCUUCACGAAAGGGUAUAGCAUUUGGCUUGGGCGCUAUUAUCUCCAAAAAUACGUUAAAUGAUAUGUUGAGCAAAAAUAGCCAGCUUUCUCAAAAGCUCGUGCCGAAAUUGUUCCGUUAUCGCUUCGACCCUAAUGAGAACGUUUCAAGAAUCAUGCAGGGUAUUUGGGAUACAUUGAUACUGGAAACGGCUUCAACGAUUAAAGAUUUUUAUCCAGAUAUAAUGAAUGAGUUAUUAGCUAGUAUGGGUAAUAAAGAAUGGAGAGUUCGUGAGGCAGGAGUCAAUGCAAUUGUAGAUCUUAUUCAAUCUAGUUCAUUUGAACAAUAUGGAUCACAAAUACAGGAGCUUUGGACUAUGACAUUUAGGGUCAUGGAUGAUAUAAAAGAUUCAGUACGUGAAGCAGGUUUGAAACUUGCUAAGGUCUUGUCCAAAUCGCUGGUCGCUACCAUAACAUCGGAAGUGAAACAGAACUUAGUUGACCCAGAUCAUAUUCUUGAGAUUUUACUACCAUUUUUACUUGGGCCUAAAGGCUUCAAUAGCAGUGCAGAGGCGGUGCAGAAAUUUGCCUUGAAAACGAUUUUAGAGUUGAUUGAAAAAGCCGGACCAGUCAUGAGGAAGCACGGGCCCAAGCUGGUGUACGAAUUGGCCUUAUCGCUUUCCUUCAUGGAGCCUCAAGUGAUUAACUAUUUGUCCCUCAAUGCAGACAAAUACUCCAUAUCAGCGGAGGAGAUUGACAGACAGCGAGCACAGGCUCUGGCCUCAUCACCAAUUAUGACCGCCAUUGAGAAAAUCGUUGACAUGUGUGACGAUUCUUCUGUUGGGCCGCUUGUCAAAACUUCAAGUAAGGUUGUCAGAAAAUCUGUUGGUUUACCGUCAAAGGUGGGUUCAGCUAGGAUAUUGUCAUUGAUAACUCAGAAAUACUCAUUAAGCAUGAAUUCUUAUUCUGAAAAAUUACUUGAGCUAUGCUUUGGCUGCUUUCAAGAUCGGAACCAUGCGUCGGCUACAGCAUUUACGCUGCCAUUUGCACAUCUCUUUAGAGUCACUAGUUUGGAUGUGCGGGUGAAAUAUGCAACCAAGCUGUCGGAGCUCUAUUUUGAUACCAUUUUAGCCCAACUCAAAUCCGUGAUUGGUGUGGCAAUCGGCGCACUAAUCAAGCAUGCACCUACCCAGUUCGAACAAUGUGCAAGCAUUUUCAUGCCUUUAAUUUUUCUUGCAAAGCAUGAUCCAGACGAAUCAUUAUCCACAUUAUAUGCUAACAAUUGGACAGAGGCUUCCAAGUCCAGUACAGGUACUAUGAAGUUAUAUUUGGAAGAAAUUUCUAAUCUUGCUUCAGCAAGCAUGAGAUCUACUAGCUUUUCCGUUCGACUAAUGUGUGCAAGGAGUAUUUGCGAUGUUGUCGGCAGCGUAGAUUCAAGCAUACCUAAUAACCAGGUACAGAAUUUAUUUGAUGUGCUGUUGGAGUCUAGCAAAGGCAGGUCCUGGGAUGGAAAAAAUGUUGUCAUUGAAGCUCUGGUGACUCUAACUGAGAAGGCCGAAUCUUUCUAUGUUGGGGAUAAUUUCCUAAACAAUUUGGUCAAGAAGACAUUAGUGACAGAAAUAUCAAGAAAUAAUGUCUCUUACAUCAGAAAAAUUAUUGGGCCAUAUUCUCUUUACCUAUCACACUAUUACAAUAGUGAGCUGGCACACAAGCUGCAAGAGGCCGCUUCUACUGUUUUAGAUUCUUUGGAAGACCCGGAUAACCAUGACUUGUCGGAGACUGAAUCCAACUCUGGUUCAACUUGGCAAAACAGACAGGAAGUGAAUAUCAAGUCAUCUAAGGCAAAUAUAGAAAGGGAAGAAAAACGCGCUACGGUUCUACGUCAGCUUGCCCGUGCUGUAACAACCGAUACUCAGGACACCGACAACACUUUAGCGCCGUUUGUAUUGGACACUUGCUUACGGACUUUGAACCCGACAAACUAUAUUGUACCCACAUGGCGUACAUCUAUAGCAACAUGCGAGGUUGCCUGUACCAUGUUGGAAAAUUUCCAUGGGACGCUUUCAGAUACUCUGAUAAACCAUUUCAUAUUAUUCUGGAAGACAGUAUAUGCUUCCAGCAGUACGCCAGAAACCAUAGAGAGCGUUAAGAUCCAAUUGAUACGGUUCGGCGCUAAACUCCGCGACCAAGAUCCGAGCUUCGCGAAUCAGAUAGAGUGUGAACUUCGUGAACUUGUUCUUAAGGACAAAUCGCCUGUUCUCUUAGCCGCAUUACAAGCUACAGGUAUCCAACCAUAG